UCAAUUAAUGCCGUGGUCAUUGGCCAUAUAUAUAACGGCGCCGUUUUGUGUUAAUGAUUCUUUAUAUUGUAAUUUUCUUCAUUUGCGUCCGCUUCAGAAGAAAACAUUUAAAACAUUGUAAAUAUCAGUACGAAGAGCUGCGUUGAAUGCAGAAUAUUCCGAACACGAAUAUGAAUCCGUGUGUUUUGCCCACGCCCGUUCCCGACGAUGCCGGUGACAAACGCUGGCAUAGCAUACAUCGUCGGUUCAUUUCCGAUUGUCGUGAAAAAGAUCCUGAUGUGAUUUUCCUCGGAGAUUGCAUAUUUGAGACGUUACAAGAUAGCGAGACGUGGAAUCAGUAUUUUGCACCAUUGCACUGCCUAAAUUUCAGCAUACGGGACGAUUGUACAGAACAUGUUCUGUGGCGUAUCGAAAAUGGAGCGUUGGACAAUGUUAAUCCGAAAAUAGUUGUUCUGCACGUUGGCACCAACAAUGUUAACAACAGUGCCGCCGAAGUAGCGGAAGGUAUUCUCGCAAAUGUUGCAAAAAUAUGUGAGAAACUCAACGGCGCCUACGUUAUACUUCCUUCACUGCUCCCACGAGGUCAACAACCUAAUAAACUUCGCGAAAAAAAUGCCAAAAUUAACGAGUUGGUUAAAGAGAUGACUAAGGGCAUGGAUCGCGUACAGACAGUUGCCAUCGACAAGGGUUUGGUACAGUGUGACGGUACUAUCAGUCACCACGAUAUGUUUGACUACAAAAACCUUACGAAUACCGGCGCCAAAAAAAUUUUCGAGCCGCUUUACGAGUUGCUGUCGCAAAUCCUUAACGAAAACGAGCUGGAGCGCGAUCUAACUCCAUCCGAAUAAGGAGAGUGGGAAAAAUGGACUAAUGCACGAACUCAAAUCUCAGUCAAACUAUACGAUAUGCAACGGAUCACAAAUUUGGUUAUGUACCUAAAUCGUAUAGAGUAUUCAGCGUGGAGCUGACAAAACUAUCCCAAAAAAAAAAAUUAAAAACGUUUUCUUACCCGAUUAAAAAACAUUGCGAAAUUAAAUGUCACAUUUUUUGCACCUCCCAUGCAUACAUGCAAAGAAAAGGAACGCAAAAAUUGAAUUUUAAAAUUUAUUAUUUACAUUUAUAAAUUCAUACAAACAUUCCCAAAAAGGUUAUAGCAAUAGUAUUAUAACUGAAUCAAGUAAUUAUUUGUAAGAAAUGAAUACAGAAGUUACUUACGCGGUCAUAGCUCAGAUCGAAUAUAGACUGAGAUAGAAAAUACAAGAUUUUUAGAGCUGUCUUAUAGAUUAUAACUAUCGUAUCAUAUUAAUGUAUAAUAUUCAUAGCGUACUGCUAAAUAUUUUAUGACCAACUAGCCUGUUCAGUCCAACAUUUAUCAGCGGAAUAAAUAUUAACGGAUGUAAUCUCUGUAUA